ACACACAGAAGAAACUCAUUCACACACACAAUUUCAUAAAAACAAAAAAAAAACAGUUUUCUGCAAGUAAAGAGAGAUCAUAAUCAUUAGUAACUGAUGCAGGCUGUGAGAAGGAUCCCAUCAGGAGAAGGUGCAGAGAUGCGUGGAAGAUCCGAGACCAACCGGGUCAGACGUAAGAGUCACGGGUCAAGUCUGAGAGUUCGACAGCCUUGCACGUGUUCAGGACGGCCUGGCUCUGCCAAGUGCGUGCGCCACGGGUUUAUGGUGCCAAGCAACGAGAAGCUUAUGCGAAAGGCGAGUGACGGAAGCAGAGAGGUGUUGAGAAGAGCUUUGACGCCUCCGAUCCGGCGGAUGAAUCUCCGGUGGUUGAAUUUCCGGCCAACACCUAGCCGACUCUGUAAAAUGUCUUCCGUUUGAGUUGAGUUUUUUUUUUUUGUUUGAUUUUAAUUUGUAAAUAAAAAUGAGAACUUUUUAUUACAGUAAUGUUGGAACUCGAAUAAGAUUCAGACCCAAUUGGUCAACCCGGUAAAAGAAGAAACUUGUACUCUGUUAUGGGACAAGAAAGUGUUUACAACAUCUUGUAGUCUUAAGGGAAGAAGAAUCAAGUGGAUGAGCUGUUGUUCUGAGCAGGCAAAAUAAGACGAUCUUGGCCUUCGAUUAGUUUUGCAGAUUUGAUGAUAUCUCCUGUCUUGAUCUGCCCAA